AUGUAUGCCGCAUGUGUUGUUGCCCCUAAGGGAACAAAGAGAAAGGCCGAGGAAGCCCUCUUGGACGGCAGUAAAAGGAGAAGAUUCGAGGUCGAGAUUGAAGAGAAGAAGAAGCUCGAUCAACUGGCCAUGAUCAAGGAAGACGAUGAAGAGGAAAAAUUGGAGAUCUCCGAUUUUGGAAGAUCAUUCUGUGGAUCUGUUUAUGACCACAGAUAUGAGGAUCAAGAAGCUGAAGAGUUCAAAAUACAGGUAAUUAAUCUUGAGUUUAUUUUGAGGGAUUCUGUGAUACGUUUGGAUACUUUUUAGUGAUUUUUUUUUGAUAUUAUAAUUUUGGAUUCUUGCGCUCUUUGAGAGCUGUUAUAAAUGGCAUAGUGUUUUUUGUUCUCUGAAUAAUUUACUUGAAAUUGAAAUUUUGUGUUUACUUUGUAAUUGAACAGUUUAUAAACCUUUUUUUAUUUAUUGAUGAUUCUUACAAUAUUUUCAGGAACUUCUACAAGAAAUGGCUGAAAGAAGAAUCGAGGAAGAGGAUUACUAUAGUAGUCUAUAUGACGAACUUUUUGGGGACGAUGAGGAGGACGAUGGACAAUUAGAGAUGGAAAAGGAAGGAUGUGAUGAAGAAGAGCUCCGGGAAUAA